AUGCCGUCGUGUCCUGAAAGACGUCGAUACGCUCGAUUAUUGAGACGCCUAGAGGCCGGGUUUCGUCCAACUAACGCAUUCAUGCGUUUUCGAACGGACGUCUCGUUGGCAUUGGGGCCGAUUGCUCAUCAAACAGUAAUAUCAGCCAUCGCCUCGGACAUGUGGCGAGAGUCCUCCGCCGAGCAACGGCUAUAUUACGAGUUAUUGGUGGAGUAUGAAAGAGAGCAAUAUCGCAAUCGUUGUUCAAAUGUUCGCCCAAAUUCAGAAAAUAUCGUGCCGCGAACCCAUUAUAUGGGUGACAAUAUGUUUAUUGUAACAUUCAACCCUAGUUCCACUUCCGUGAACCAGGCCUCUGAGGACAACCAGGUUUCUGAGGACAACCAGGUCUCUGAGGAUAACCAAGUCUAA